ACUUGAUCUCUCUGUUUCUCUUCUAAGAAAGAUUCCUUCUUUUAAUAUCAACGGAACCAAAAAUCGUAAAACUGAUCCUUUUCUUAACUUCUUUCCUUAUUUUGAGGUUUUUUGAUUUUAGGGUUUUCAGAUCAUUUCGAUUCCAUGUCCGGAAAAGGUCUAUCUCCGGCGUCGUUCACCGCGCCGCCGAUGACCGUCCAAGACGCCGACCCGUUACGUUUCCGGGUCGGCGAACAGGAUCCUAAAACCCGUGAAUUCGCCGCCUUUAUCGGCGACCAACACCGGUACUUCGCGGCGGCGGCAGCCGCCGCUGCUGCUGCGGCGAAUCCUCAACCUCAUCUCGAGUUUCAUCAGAAUUUCUACUCGGAGAAACCAAUAAGCGGAAACCCUAACGACAGUGGCGGAUCAGACGAGGAAGAAGAAGAAGAAGAGGAAGAAGAGGAGGAGGAUGAUGACGUGGACGGAAACGAAGGUGGUGAUGGUGGUAUGAACAAGGACGGUGGUGAUGAUAGAGUUUCGGCAGGAGGAGCUGGUGGUGGGAUAACGGUUGAGCAAGAAAACGCAGCUUAUUACUCGCAGCAGUUUAAGACAAUGGAAGCGAGUUUUGUUUCUAGGCAUGAGGAAUCAUCAUCAUUAGUUGCUGUAGAGAAUGGGUGUGAUGUUAGCGGCAGAAGAGACGCUUCUUCUUCUUCGAUGAGCAAUUCAAUUGAGUCUUUGAGGACUAUCUUGUCUGAUCCUAUAACAGGGGCUUUGAUGUCUGAUGCUAUGAUUUUGCCUUGCGGACACACUUUUGGAGCUGGAGGAAUCGAACAAGUUAAACAAAUGAAAGCUUGCUGCUCUUGUUCGCAGCCAGUCUCAGAAGACUCGAUAACCCCAAAUCUCACUCUACGAGUUGCAGUACAAGCAUUCUGCCGAGAAGAGAAGUCACAGUCAAACCAUUCAUCUAAGCGAAAACGAGAAGGAUUUGAUCAAGAGAGACGUGCAUUUGGUGACACGACUUAUACAAAUCGUUCAAGGAACAGAACUAAUCAUUUCCCUUUUGCUGUGUCGGAUCGAGUUAUAAUAAAGGGAAACAAGAGGACACCACCUCGUUUUGUAGGACGGGAAGCUGUUGUGACUACUCAAUGCUUGAACGGCUGGUAUGUGGUGAAAACACUAGACAAUGCAGAGAGUGUUAAGCUUCAGUAUCGUUCAUUGGCCAAAGCCACAGAAGAUCCAUCAGCCAAGGCAACACCAAGCAAAAUGGUCUCCAACUGGCUCUAA